GAUAAAUUUAAUCUACAAUAGCACGAUGACUCGGAAGGAGUAUAUCUUGUUUAUCACUAUGGUGAUAUUCUGUAAGCAAAUCCACGUGAGUCACAGUAGAGAAUGCUAUACCAAACAUUCAACAGCACACUGUAGAGAAAGUGAACACAACUGCCCAUAUACAUAUUGGUGCAGUGAUAGUGAAGACAAGGCAUGUUGUCAAGAUAGGGAAAUUACGAAAGCUCUGAUACGUGACGAAGCAAUAAGGGAUGAAAAUGGAGAGGUUAAGAGUUGUAUUAAUGAGGCAUGUCCCAAGGGCCAAAAAUGUACUUCAAAGUUGGUGGAGGGAUAUGAACGUUACAAAUACUGUGUUCCCUCUUCAUCAGGCCGACAAUGCUAUGAUACAGAAGGCCAGUUACACACAACAGACAUCUGGAUAAGUAAAAGAGAUCGUUGCAACAAAUGUCGCUGCAGAAGAAAUGGAAAGAGAAGAUGUUCGAUGAAGUCAUCAUGCCGAAAGUGUAAUGUGACACUGCAGAAUCGGGAGAAUAGGAUUGUUCGACGCGGUUUUGAAUUUUGGAAAGACAAAUGUACAAAAUGUAUGUGUAAAUCUAAAAAAAUCAUCGAGUGCGAAGAAACUUGCAACAAAAGGCUCCCUUAUAUAAACCAAUGCAGUGUGUGUGUGAAGGACAAAAACUAUAAUGAAAUCUCCCUAUGCUGCAAUGCCUGCUAUGGGGAAACAGGUACAACCACUGAUAGAUGCUUCACAACAAAUAAAUUGGAGAUAAGCCCACUGUCUGCAGUCACUGGAUAUAAAGCGCUAUGUGGAGAAUGCGGGGCUGCUGAACAAGCAGGAGUUGAAUGCUUCAACUUCACUGGAGGGUGCAAUGGAUGCGAGGGUUAUACGGUAGCUUUAAAAAGAUGUAGCAGGUUUAAUGCCCAAGAAACUCCCGAAUGCAGCAACAUAUUUUAUGACUGUAUGAAGAAAGCUUGUUUCAUGGCAAGGGGCAGACAAUUACCUUUAACAGACUCUGAUCUUGGAGGAAUUUGUUCAGAUUUUAUAUGUGACAAAGAAAGGAGUGAAACUAAAGAAAACUGUAGCAAUGACUGUAGCAGUGAUGAUCUGCCAUGUCAGCACAAAUAGAUGGCGCAUUUGAUCAUGAACUUACAGAAAUCUUACAUUUGUGCUUCAGGAAAUGCUGGUGGGCUUUCAAGAGGAAUGGGA